UCGCGUAGGUGGUGGCGGCAGGUGGCGGGCAUUCGUUUUCCAGUACGAAGGGCGCGAUGGAGGGUGGCCGCAGGGGUCGUCGUGCCCUGUUGUCGACGACGGAGAAGACAGCGGUCGUGGCGGCUGCGCUCGCCGUAGUGAUCCACAGCCAAGUCGAGAGGGCGGCAGGGCGCAUGAAGGUGACGCUUUCAAGGCGGCGGCAGAGGCUUCUGGUGCAGAGGGUGGUGGACGCCCCGAACUGCAUUAGAACUUCGGAGGCCGUGGUUCAGCUGUGCGCUGCAAUCGGGUGUGGUGUGCUUCCUCGGGCGACACCACGUUGCUGGAUGAAGCGGAGAACAGGAGGCACUUGGGAGGAUUUGCGGGUGUGCGAUGACGCGACUGGCGACUACUUUCGGGAAAAGCUUUGCAUGUCCAGGGGAGUUUUCAUGGAGAUCAACGAAGCCUGUGCUCCACAUCUACAACGAUGGGUCACGUUCUACAGGGAGCCGGUGCAGCCGGAGAAGAUCGCCACGUACGCAUUGUACAGGUGGGCUACAGGGGAGACAUACGACAACAACACAUCGUUUUUCGGCAUAGGGCGAGCUUCUGGACUUCUCGCCAUGCGCAAUGUCACAUCUGCGCUGUUGAGGGUCAUGGUCGACCUGGAUCUGCGAGUUUUGGACGUGUUCAUUGGGUAUCCCGGGAGCUGCCAUGACAUAAGUGUGAUCCAACUGUCUAGUCUGUCGCGGCGCGCAGAAGAGCGAACGUUGUUUUGUGGGCCGCCUGUCACACUGUUGGGCAGGGUGAGGACAAACGGAUACAUCUUGGGCGAUAACGGGUACCCUCCUUCUGAAUGGGUAGUGGUGUCGUACGGCGGAAUCAAUCAGCCCCCCGACGAGGAAAGGUUCGACACAAAGCAGAAGGUCGCAAGAGGGGCUGUGGAGAGGGCGUUUGGGUGGUUGAAGGGGAUGUGGAGGCUCUUCCUGCAGACGCACAAAACCAACCUAGACACUCUGUCGCAGCAGUUCACGACCGUCUGCAUUCUACACAACAUUCUCCUGGAUGUUGGUAUCAAGUUCGACGAGAAUCUGCUAUGGGAGGUCGACGAGAACGGGGUGCGGCGCCGAGUGGAUCUCGGGAUUCAUCUUCCCCCGCAGCCGGUCAGCAAUUCCUCUUCCACAACUGAGGCGAUCGCGCUCCGGAACGCUCUAGCAAAGCGAAUGAAGCACAUGUAAUCCGCGAUACAACCUGUCUGUUUCUCGCGAUGAAAGAACAAUGUUCAUGUCCUGUCCCGCCGUCGUCGAUUCAGAGCGCUUGCUUCG